AUGUUGGAAGGCCUUGUAGCCUGGGUUCUCAAUACCUAUUUGGGGAAAUAUGUCAAUAACCUGAACACUGACCAGCUCUCGGUUGCACUUCUCAAAGGUGCUGUUGAAUUAGAAAACUUGCCGUUAAAGAAAGAUGCCUUGAAAGAACUGGAAUUACCAUUUGAAGUCAAAGCUGGCUUCAUUGGGAAAGUAACCCUUCAGAUUCCUUUCUAUCGCCCCCACGUGGACCCUUGGGUGAUCUCCAUCUCCAGCCUUCACUUAAUUGGAGCCCCUGAAAAAAUACAGGAUUUCAAUGAUGAAAAGGAGAAGCUGUUGGAAAGGGAGCGCAAGAAAGCACUGCUUCAAUCCCUGGAGGAGAAAUGGAAGAAUGAACGCCAACAGAAAGGGGAAUCCUACUGGUAUUCGGUGACGGCCUCAGUAGUUACAAGAAUCGUGGAGAACAUUGAAUUAAAUAUUCAAGAUGUCCAUUUACGAUUUGAAGAUGGUAUUACCAAUCCCUCCCAUCCUUUUGCAUUUGGCAUCUGCAUUAAGAAUGUGUCCAUGCAAAAUGCAGUGAACGAGCCUGUACAGAAACUAAUGCGGAAGAAGCAAUUAGAUGUGGCAGAGUUCAGCAUCUAUUGGGAUGUCGAUUGCACUUUACUGGGGGAUUUGCCUCAGGUGGAGUUACAGGAGGCAGUGGCCAGGAGCAUGGAGAGCCGCAGCCAUCACUACGUCUUGGAGCCUGUGUGCGCGUCUGCUCUGUUGAAGAGAAACUGCUCCAAGGAGCCUCUGCGGUCUCGGCACAGUCCCCGUUUUGAAUGUGAUAUUCAGCUGGAGACCAUUCCCUUGAAACUGUCUCAGCUGCAAUACCGGCAAAUCAUGGAAUUUCUCAAGGAGCUGGAACGAAAGGAGAGGCAGGUGAAGUUCCGAAAGUGGAAACCCAGUGUGGCAGUAUCGAAGAACUGCCGAGAGUGGUGGUAUUUUGCCCUGAAUGCUAACUUGUAUGAGAUCAGAGAGCAGAGGAAAUGUUGUACCUGGGACUUUUUGUUACACCGUGCCCGUGAUGCCGUGUCUUAUACCGACAAAUACUUCCGCAAGUUAAAAGGAGGGUUGCUAUCUGCAGAGGACAAGGAGGAAAUGUGUCGGAUUGAAGAGGAACAGAGCUUUGAGGAAUUGAAAAUUCUGCGUGAGUUGGUUCAUGAUCGAUUUCACAAACAAGAUGAACUGGCAGAGAGUCUGCGAGAGCCUCAGUGGGAUUCUCCAGGAGACCCUCCAGGAGGCCCAGAAGCCAGCGGAGGCAGCGGGAUGCUGCAGUAUCUUCAGUCCUGGUUUCCUGGCUGGGGUGGCUGGUACGGGCAGCCUACCCCUGAGGGGACCACAGUUGAGGGACUGACAGCAGAGCAGCAGGAACAGUGGACACCUGGAGAGAUCCUGGGCACUGAGGAGUUCUUUGACCCCACGGCAGAGGCCUCGUGUAUGAAUACGUGCACAAAGCGAGAUCACGUCUUUGCCAAGCUGAAUUUGCAGUUGCAGCGUGGUACAGUGACUCUGUUGCACAAGGAGCAAGGGACUCCUCAGAUGAAUGAAAGUGCUUUCAUGCAGCUUGAGUUUUCAGAUGUGAAACUUCUAGCAGAAUCUCUUCCUCGAAGAAAUUCCUCCUUGCUUUUAGUCCAUUUGGGUGGACUGUUUCUUCGAGACCUGGCUACAGAAGGAACUAUAUUUCCUCUUCUCGUCUUCCCUAAUCCACAAAAAGAAGUUGGCAGAGUGUCACAGUCUUUUGGCCUUCAGAACACAUCUGCAGACAGAAGUGACCAUUACCCUGCUGCGGAUCCAGAUGACCCAGUUUUUGAGAUGCUGUACGAGAGAAAUCCAGUGCACAGCCAUUUUGAGAGGCGGCUCAACGUCAGCACGAGGCCCCUGAAUAUCAUCUAUAACCCCCAGGCUAUAAAAAAAGUAGCAGACUUUUUCUACAAGGGAAAGGUUCAUACCUCAGGUUUUGGUUAUCAGUCUGAACUUGAGUUGAGAGUGGCGGAAGCUGCCCGAAGACAGUAUAACAAACUGAAGAUGCAGACCAAGGCAGAAAUCCGGCAAACUCUUGAUCGUUUGCUAGUGGGUGACUUCAUUGAGGACAGUAAACGGUGGACUGUGCGAUUAGAUAUUUCUGCUCCUCAGGUGAUAUUUCCUGAUGAUUUCAAAUUCAAGAAUCCUGUGUUAGUUGUUGUGGACCUUGGAAGAAUGCUGCUGACAAAUACCCAAGAUGACACUAAGAGGAAGAGUGGGGGUGGGUCUGCAUCUGAAGAAAACCAGUUUAGUGAUGAUGAAUACAAGACCCCUCUUGCCACACCACCUAACACCCCACCUCCUGAGACAAGCAGCAGUAAUGGAGAGAAAACCCCUCCAUUUUCUGGCGUUGAAUUCAGCGAAGAACAGCUUCAAGCACAUUUAAUGAGCACAAAGAUGUAUGAGAGGUACUCGCUGUCAUUUAUGGACCUCCAGAUCAUGGUUGGACGAGUGAAAGACAAUUGGAAGCAUGUCCAGGAUAUCGAUGUGGGACCAACCCAUGUGGUAGAGAAAUUCAAUGUUCAUCUCCAGUUAGAACGUCGAUUGAUUUAUACCUCAGAUCCCAAAUACCCAGGAGCUGUGCUCUCAGGCAACUUGCCAGACUUAAAAAUCCACAUCAAUGAAGAUAAAAUAUCUGCUCUAAAGAAUUGUUUUGCUCUCCUCACUACCCCAGAAAUAAAGACUUCUGACACUCAGAUUAAAGAGAAGAUUUUCCCCCAAGAGGAACAGCGGGGAAGUUUGCAAGACUCGGUAAUGAAUUUAACCCAGAGCAUUGUGAUGUUGGAGCAGCACACCCGGGAGGUUCUGGUGGAGUCACAGCUCCUCCUGGCUGAAUUUAAAGUUAACUGUAUGCAGCUUGGUGUUGAGAGUAACGGCCGGUACAUCUCUGUGCUCAAGGUCUUUGGUACCAAUGCUCACUUUGUGAAGAGGCCUUAUGAUGCUGAAGUCUCCCUAACCGUUCAUGGUUUGCUCCUUGUGGACACCAUGCAGACAUAUGGUGCUGAUUUUGACCUUUUGAUGGCUUCACAUAAGAAUUUGAGUUUUGAUAUUCCAACAGGAAGCCUCCGGGAUAGCCGGGCCCAGUCUCCUGUCUCUGGACCCGUUGUGACUCACCUACCUGAUGCGACCAUACUGAAUGACCGAUCAGCCACUAGUGUUUCACUCGACACAAUUCUCACCAAAGAACAAGAGUCCCUCAUUAAACUAGAAUAUCAAUUUGUGAGCUCAGAGUGUCCGUCGAUGAAUUUAGAUAGCACUCUUCAGGUGAUUUCAUUGCAGGUGAAUAAUUUGGAUAUUAUCCUAAAUCCAGAGACAAUUGUAGAACUUAUUGGUUUUCUUCAAAAAUCCUUUCCCAAGGAUAAAGAUGAUUUGAGUCCCCAACCUCUGAUGACUGAUUUUGAAAGAGACUUUAGAGAACAAGGAACUUACCAAUCUACAUAUGAACAAAACACAGAGGUGGCAGUGGAAAUUCAUAGACUGAAUUUAUUGCUCCUUCGGACAGUAGGAAUGGCAAAUGGAGAGAAAUAUGGCAGAAAAAUCGCAACCGCAAGUAUAGGUGGCACCAAGGUGAACGUCUCAAUGGGCAGCACAUUUGAUGUGAAUGGUUCUCUUGGCUGUCUGCAGCUUAUGGAUUUGACACAAGAUAAUGUUAAAAACCAAUACGUUGUCAGCAUUGGGAAUUCCACAGGCUAUGAAAAUAUUAUCAGUGAUAUUGGCUACUUUGAAUCCGUAUUUGUGAGAAUGGAAGAUACAGCCCUCACUGAAGCUUUGAGUUUCACGUUUGUUGAGAAAUCUAAACAAGAGUGUCUUCUCAACUUGAAGAUGGCUUCCUUGCAUUAUAAUCACUCUGCUAAAUUUUUGAAAGAGUUAACAUUAUCUAUGGAUGAACUGGAAGAAAAUUUUCGAAACAUGCUGAAGAGUGCAGCCACCAAAGUCACCACAGUCCUAGCUACCAAGACCGCCGAGUACAGCGAGAUGGUGUCGCUCUUCGAAACUCCAAGGAAGACGCGGGAACCCUUUAUUUUAGAGGAAAAUGAAAUAUAUGGGUUUGGCUUGGCUCCUUGUCAUUCAGACACUGUAAAGCUAAUCUUGAACAUAAACAUUGAAUCACCAGUUGUUUCUAUCCCACGCAAGCCUGGGAGUCCUGAGUUGUUGGUAGGACACUUGGGGCAGAUAUUCAUCCAGAAUUUUGUGGCAGGAGAUGAUGAAUCCAGAAGUGACCGUCUGCGGGUGGAAAUCAAAGACAUUAAACUAUAUUCUUUGAACUGCACUCAGCUGGUGGGCAGAGAAGGUGCCGGGUCUGAAGUAAGCCGGGUGUUUGGCCCACCUUCUGGUGCUGCUAGUGCCAGUAGUCAGGAGGAAGCUCAUUUCACCCGACAUGAUUUCUUUGAAUCUUUGCAUAGAGGUCAAGCUUUUCACAUCCUGACUGAUACCACCAUUCAGUUUAAACUGGAGAAGAUCCCUAUAGAGAGAGAAUCUGAAUUAACUUUUUCCAUCAGUCCAGAUGACCUGGAAACUUCUAGCAUCAUGAAGAUUGAAGGAAAAUUUGUCAAUCCAGUUCAGGUGGUAUUAGCAAAGCAUGUGUAUGAGCAGGUUUUACAAACGCUGGACAAUCUUGUGUAUAGUGAAGAUCUGAAUAAGUUUCCAGCCAGUGCUGCCUCCUCCCCUGGCCCUCAUUCUCCACUGCCUUCCCUUAGUACCUGUGGAGAGCCUUCUAUUGAAAGGAAGGAGAAUGGACUGUUCAGCCACUCCAGCUUUUCUAACACCUCUCAAAAGUCCUUGUCUGUGAAGGAAGUCAAAUCCUUUACUCAGAUUCAAGCCAACUUUUGUAUAUCAGAGCUUCAAGUUCAGCUAAGUGGAGAUCUGACUCUGGGAGCCCAAGGUCUUGUGAGCUUAAAGUUUCAGGAUUUUGAGGUGGAAUUCAGUAAAGACCAUCCUCAGACUUUAUCCAUUCAGAUUGCCCUGCGCUCUCUGCUGAUGGAAGACUUAUUGGAGAAAAAUCCAGAUUCCAAAUACAAGAACCUGAUGGUGUCUCGAGGAGCUCCUAAGCCGUCUAGUUUAGCACAAAAAGAAUAUCUUUCUCAGUCUUGCCCUUCAGUAUCCAACGUGGAGUAUCCUGAUAUGCCUCGGUCUCUCCCUUCCCACAUGGAAGAAGCUCCGAAUGUCUUUCAGUUAUAUCAAAGACCCACCUCUGCAUCCCGGAAAAAGCAAAAGGAAGUCCAAGAUAAGGACUACCCCUUAACCCCACCUCCUUCUCCAUCAGUGGAUGAGCCCAAGAUACUUACUGGAAAGAGUAAAUUUGAUGAUUCCUUGGUCCACAUCAAUAUAUUCUUGGUGGAUAAGAAACAUCCGGAAUUUUCUUCCAUUUACAAUCGAGUUAACCGGAGCAUUGAUGUUGAUUUUAACUGCUUGGAUGUGCUGAUCACACUGCAAACCUGGGUGGUGAUACUGGAUUUUUUUGGAAUUGGAUCUACUGCAGAUAACCAUGCAAUGAAAGUGCCACCUGAGGACAUUCUGCAAAAUGUGAAGUCAGAAUCAAGUGCUUUCAUAGAGUCUGAACUUCAGGAUCCAGUUAACACCAAGCUGGAUCUCAAGGUUCAUUCACUCUCUCUUGUGCUGAACAAGACCACCAGUGAGCUUGCUAAAGCGAAUGUGUCCAAAUUAGUAGCACACCUGGAAAUGAUUGAGGGAGAUCUGGCCUUACAGGGAAGUAUUGGGAGUCUGUCUCUAAGUGACCUUACGUCUCAUGGAGAAUUCUACAGAGAACGCUUUACAACAAGUGGAGACGAGGCACUCAUCUUCCAGACUUUUAAGUACGGACGGCCAGACCCUCUGCUUCGGAGAGAACACGACAUCCGAGUGAGCCUGCAGAUGGCCUCCGUGCAGUAUGUGCACACCCAGCGCUUUCAGGCUGAGGUGGUGGCCUUCAUCCAGCACUUCACUCAGCUGCAGGAUGUCUUAGGCCGCCAGCGAGCUGCUAUUGAGGGGCAGACGGUGAGAGAUCAAGCCCAGCGCUGUUCACGGGUUCUCCUGGAUAUCGAGGCUGGUGCUCCCGUUCUUCUUGUCCCAGAAAGCUCUAGAUCAAAUAAUCUGAUUGUAGCAAAUUUGGGGAAGUUGAAAGUCAAAAACAAGUUUCUGUUUGCUGGUUUUCCUGGGACCUUUUCCUUACAAGAUAAGGAAUCUGUGCCUUCAACUUCUCCAACGGGUACUCCCAAACACACCAUGAGGAAAAUGACAAGCACAGACGACCCCAAGGGGACCCAUUCCCAGGGGUUGUUCAUGACACCUGCUGGACCCAGUCUCAGCGGCCUGAAGGGUGACUCUGUGCCCAGUACCUCCACCAAACAACGAGGACCUCAAACCAUACAGUCUGUCUGCCAGGUUUCCAGUAGUCCAGAAGACCAUGUUUGUCUGCUGGAUUGCAUUAUUGUGGAUCUACAGGACAUGGACAUCUUUGCUGCAGAGAGACAUCCACGAGAGUACUCUAAGGCCUCAGAGGACAAUAACGGAGAUCUGAUCUUUCCCUCCUAUUUUGUGCGACAGACAGGAGGAAGCCUCUUAACUGAGCCUUGUAGGCUGAAAUUGCAGGUGGAAAGAAAUUUGGACAAAGAAAUAAGCCAUACUGUGAAAGACAUAUCUAUCCAUGGCAAUCUCUCCUCAGUCCACUGUUCCCUGGAUUUGUAUAAAUACAAGCUGAUCCGUGGCUUAUUAGAGAACAACCUAGGAGAGCCCAUAGAAGAAUUUAUGCGGCCCUACGAUUUACAGGAUCCAAGAAUUCAUACGGUUCUGAGCGGAGAAGUAUACACUUGCAUGUGCUUCCUCAUUGAUAUGGUAAAUGUAAGUCUGGAGCUUAAGGAUCCAAAAGGAAAAGAAGGUGCUGGGUCCCUAGCCAGGUUUGACUUCAAGAAAUGUAAACUGCUUUAUGAGAGUUUUUCCAACCAAACCAAGUCCAUUAAUUUGGUUUCUCAUUCCAUGAUGGCUUUUGACACCCGCUAUGCCGGGCAGAAGACCAGCCCUGGCACGACAAAUGUAUUCAACUGUAUCUUUCAGCCUUCCAAGAAUAGCAGUACUACCCAAGGAUCCAUUCAGAUUGAACUGCAUUUCAGAUCUACAAAGGAUUCCUCCUGUUUUACGGUAGUGCUCAACAAUCUCCGUGUGUUUCUCAUAUUUGACUGGCUAUUGCUAGUCCAUGAUUUUCUCCACACUCCCAGCGAUAUUAAGAAACAAAAUGCUACUCCUUCUCGCCACCGUAACUCUAGCAGUGAAUCUGCGGUUGUUCCCAAAACUGUGAAGAGUGGAGUGGUUACCAAGCGGUCUUCCCUUCCUGUGUCCAAUGAAAGGCACCUGGAGGUCAAGGUCAAUGUAACAGGCACGGAGUUUGUGGUUGUUGAAGAUGUGUCCUGCUUCGAUACCAAUGCUAUUAUUCUGAAAGGCACCACAGUGCUCACCUACAAGCCCCGAUUUGUCGAUCGGCCCUUCUCAGGAAGUUUGUUUGGCAUUGAGGUGUUUUCAUGCCGACUAGGGAACGAGCACGACACAGCUCUUUCCAUUAUCGAUCCAGUACAAAUCCAAGUGGAGUUGGUGGGGAAUUCUUCUUAUCAGAAUAGUUCAGGACUGAUGGAUGCAUUUAAUAGUGAAGAUUUCCCACCUAUCUUAGAGAUUCAAUUACAAGCCCUGGAUAUCAGACUCUCUUAUAAUGAUGUUCAGCUGUUUCUUGCCAUUGCCAAAUCCAUCCCAGAGCAAGCGAACGCUGCAGUGCCGGACCCCGCAGCUGUGGAGUCAGCCUCCGUUAACAGUUGCCUUCUAGGUACACCUCGCCUUGGAGAGGAAAUCAGAGAAGAAGCAAGGCACACCUUAGAUCCUGUCUUGGAGUUACAGCUGGCUAGACUGCAGGAGCUGGGAUUCAGCAUGGAUGAUUGUCGCAAAGCUCUUUUGGUGUGUCAAGGCCAAUUGAAAAAGGCAGCAAGUUGGUUGUUUAAGAACGCGGAGCCUCUGAAGUCUCUCUCCCUGGCCUCUAGCAGCCGAGACAGCCUGGGGGCUGUACCAGCUUCGUGGCUGUCUGGGGUGGAGAUAAAAGCUGAGAGCGUGUGCAUCUGUUUCAUCGACGACUGCAUGGAUUGUGAUGUUCCUCUUGCUGAGCUCACCUUUUCCCGUCUGAAUUUUCUUCAGCAUGUAAGAACUAGUCCUGAAGGCUAUGCCCACUUCACCCUUUCUGGAGAUUAUUAUAACCGUGCUCUGUCAGGCUGGGAGCCAUUUAUUGAGCCAUGGCCAUGUUCUGUAUCCUGGCAACAACAGGCAGCUAGUCGUCUUCAUCCUCCCCGACUGAAGCUGGAAGCCAAGGCCAAACCCCGUUUGGAUAUCAACAUCACUUCUGUACUGAUCGACCAAUAUGUAAGUACCAAAGAAUCGUGGAUGGCAGAUUAUUGUAAAGAGGACAAGGAAAUAGAAUCUACCAAAUCAGAAGACUGGAUGGGCUCUUCGGUGGAUCCUCCAUGCUUUGGACAAAGCCUCCCCCUUGUCUACCUUAGAACUAGGAGUACAGCCAGUCUGACUAACCUAGAGCACCAGAUCUAUGCUAGAGCAGAGGUGAAAACCCCCAAGCGCCGGCAGCCGUUUGUCCCCUUUGCUCUGAGGAAUCAUACAGGGUGCACUUUGUGGUUUGCCACCCUGACCACCACGCCCACCAGGGCUGCGCUGUCUCACAGUGGGAGUCCAGGGGUGGUUCCAGAAGGGAAUGGAACAUUUCUAGAUGAUGCUCACAAUGUUAGUGAAUGGCGAGAAGUCCUCACAGGUGAAGAGAUUCCUUUUGAAUUUGAGGCAAGGGGAAAGUUAAGACACAGACACACCCAUGACCUCCGGAUUCAUCAACUGCAAGUGAGAGUAAAUGGCUGGGAACAAGUGAGCCCAGUGUCUGUGGACAAAGUCGGGAUCUUUUUCCGAUAUGCAGCUCCAGAUAAAAAUUCAUCUUCCUCUACGAUUGGCAGCCCCAGCAGCAGAACAAAUAUUAUACAUCCCCAGGUUUAUUUUUCUUCACUCCCUCCUGUCCGAGUGGUCUUUGCAGUGACUAUGGAAGGCAGUGCUCGGAAAGUAAUCACCGUCAGAUCAGCCCUCAUUGUGAGGAACAGACUCGAGACACCAAUGGAACUGAGACUGGACAGCCCAUCUGCUCCAGACAAGCCAGUGGUCCUUCCCGCGAUCAUGCCAGGGGAUUCAUUUGCUGUGCCCUUACACCUCACUUCUUGGCGGCUACAGGCCCGGCCCAAAGGAUUGGGUGUAUUUUUCUGUAAGGCUCCUAUUCAUUGGACCAAUGUAGUGAAGACCGCAGAGGUUUGUAGCAGCAAGCGAGAAUGUCAUUCUAUGGACACAGAAAAAAGCCGAUUCUUCAGGUUUUGUGUGGCUAUAAAGAAAGAGAAUUAUCCAGAUUACAUGCCCUCAAACAUAUUUUCUGACAGUGCAAAACAGAUUUUCAGACAACCUGGGCACACCAUUUACCUCCUGCCAACUGUGGUAAUCUGCAACUUGCUCCCCUGUGAACUCGAUUUUUAUGUUAAAGGAAUGCCAAUUAACGGGACACUGAAACCUGGCAAAGAAGCAGCUCUCCACACAGCAGAUACAUCCCAGAACAUUGAACUGGGAGUAUCACUGGAGAAUUUUCCUCUCUGUAAAGAAUUGCUCAUUCCUCCUGGAACCCAAAACUAUAUGGUAAGAAUGCGACUUUAUGACAUCAACCGACGGCAGCUAAACCUCACCAUCCGCAUUGUGUGUCGAGCAGAGGGAUCCUUAAAGAUCUUCAUUUCUGCUCCAUAUUGGCUCAUUAAUAAAACAGGGUUACCACUGAUCUUCAGACAGGACAAUGCAAAGACAGAUGCUGCAGGCCAGUUUGAGGAACAUGAACUGGCGCGGAGCCUGAGCCCUCUGUUAUUCUGCUAUGCUGACAAAGAGCAGCCGAACCUCUGCACGAUGAGAAUCGGAAGGGGGAUCCAUCCAGAAGGCAUGCCGGGCUGGUGUCAGGGCUUCUCCCUGGAUGGUGGUAGUGGUGUCCGAGCUUUGAAAGUCAUCCAACAAGGAAACCGCCCAGGGCUGAUCUAUAACAUUGGUAUUGAUGUCAAGAAAGGUCGAGGUAGAUAUAUUGACACCUGCAUGGUCAUCUUCGCUCCUCGUUACCUGCUAGAUAAUAAAUCAUCUCACAAGCUCGCAUUUGCACAAAGGGAAUUUGCCAGGGGACAGGGGACAGCCAAUCCUGAAGGUUAUAUUUCUACCCUUCCUGGUUCCAGUGUGGUCUUUCACUGGCCUCGGAAUGACUAUGAUCAGCUAUUAUGUGUCAGAUUGAUGGAUGUCCCCAAUUGUAUUUGGUCUGGAGGCUUUGAAGUCAAUAAGAAUAAUUCCUUCCAUAUCAACAUGAGAGAUACCCUGGGAAAAUGCUUCUUCCUACGAGUAGAAAUUACUCUCCGAGGAGCUACAUACAGGAUCUCAUUCAGUGACACAGAUCAGCUACCCCCUCCUUUCAGAAUUGACAACUUUUCUAAGGUCCCGGUUGUCUUUACGCAGCAUGGUGUUGCUGAACCAAGGCUCCGAACCGAAGUGAAGCCCAUGACUUCACUGGAUUAUGCCUGGGACGAACCCACCCUGCCACCUUUUAUCACUCUGACUGUUAAAGGGGCAGGUUCUUCUGAGCUUAACUGUAACAUGAAUGACUUUCAGGAUAACCGACAGCUUUACUAUGAAAACUUCAUCUACAUUGCUGCUACAUACACAUUCUCUGGUUUGCAGGAAGGAACAGGAAGACCUGUUGCUUCCAACAAGGCCAUUACCCGUGCAGAGCUCGUCCUGGAUGUCUCACCAAAGACACAGAGAGUCAUUUUAAAGAAGAAGGAACCAGGAAAGCGUUCUCAGCUGUGGAGGAUGACGGGAACAGGAAUGCUGGCCCAUGAGGGCUCUUCGGUUCCUCACAACCCCAGUAAGCCCUCUGCUGCCCGCUCCACUGAGGGUUCUGCCAUCCUGGACAUUGCUGGUCUGGCUGCAGUAACUGACAACAGAUAUGAGCCACUGAUGCUAAGAAAGCCUGACCGCAGGCGAAGCACAACUCAGACGUGGAGUUUCCGAGAAGGAAAACUGACCUGUGGGUUACAUGGGUUGGUUGUCCAGGCCAAAGGUGGGCUUUCUGGCUUAUUUGAUGGAGCUGAAGUUGUUCUUGGUCCUGACACUUCCAUGGAGCUUCUGGGUCCAGUUCCACCUGAACAGCAAUUUAUUAACCAAAAGAUGAGACCUGGUUCUGGAAUGUUAUCCAUCAGAGUUAUCCCAGAUGGACCAACUAGGGCACUCCAGAUAACAGACUUCUGCCAACGGAAGAGUGACCGAUCGUCAUAUGAUACGGAUGAACUUCCUGUUACUGAACAAGAACUGCAGAAAUUAAGGAAUCCGGAUACAGAGCAGGAAUUGGAAGUGCUUGUAAAGUUAGAAGGUGGAAUUGGAUUAUCCUUAAUUAAUAAAGUCCCAGAAGAACUGGUAUUUGCGAGUCUUACAGGAAUCAACGUGCACUAUACACAACUGGCAACCAGUCACAUGCUUGAACUCAGCAUACAGGAUGUACAGGUGGACAAUCAGCUCAUUGGCACCACUCAGCCUUUCAUGCUCUAUGUGACCCCCCUGAGCAAUGAGAAUGAGGUCAUCGAGACUGGCCCUGCCGUGCAAGUCAAUGCAGUGAAGUUUCCCAGUAAGAGCGCACUGACCAACAUCUACAAGCAUCUGAUGGUCACAGCACAGAGAUUCACAGUGCAGAUCGAGGAGAGGCUGCUCCUCAAGCUGCUAAGUUUCUUCGGCUACGAUCAAGCAGAAUCAGAGGUGGAAAAAUAUGAUGAGAACCUGCAUGAGAAGACAGCUGAGCAAGGCGGAACACCAAUUCGAUACUACUUUGAAAAUCUCAAAAUCAGCAUUCCCCAGAUCAAGCUUAGUGUGUUCACCUCCAACAAGCUGCCCCUGGAUCUUAAGGCCCUAAAAAGCACAUUGGGAUUUCCAUUGAUUCGGUUUGAAGAUGCUGUGAUUAAUCUGGAUCCAUUCACUCGAGUGCAUCCUUAUGAGACCAAAGAGUUUAUUAUCAACGAUAUCCUCAAACAUUUCCAGGAGGAACUACUCAGCCAGGCAGCUCGUAUCCUGGGAUCGGUGGAUUUUCUCGGCAAUCCCAUGGGGCUUUUGAAUGAUGUUUCUGAAGGGGUUACUGGACUGAUAAAGUACGGAAAUGUUGGGGGCCUUAUCAGAAAUGUUACACAUGGAGUAUCAAACUCUGCUGCCAAGUUUGCAGGGACAUUAUCAGAUGGCUUAGGGAAGACGAUGGACAAUCGGCACCAGUCAGAACGGGAGUACAUCAGGUACCACGCGGCCACCAGUGGCGAGCACCUUGUAGCUGGCAUCCACGGCCUGGCUCAUGGUAUCAUUGGUGGAUUGACCAGUGUUAUAACCUCAACAGUAGAAGGUGUGAAAACAGAAGGAGGUGUCAGCGGUUUCAUAUCUGGCCUUGGAAAAGGGCUUGUUGGCACUGUAACCAAGCCAGUGGCAGGCGCCCUGGAUUUCGCAUCAGAAACAGCACAGGCAGUGAGAGACACAGCCACACUCAGUGGCCCCAGGACUCAAGCCCAGAGGGUUCGGAAGCCCCGUUGCUGCACAGGGCCCCAGGGGCUGCUUCCCCGCUACAACGAGAGCCAGGCAGAAGGGCAGGAGCAGCUCUUCAAACUAACCGACAACAUCCAAGAUGAAUUCUUCAUAGCCGUGGAGAACAUCGAUAGCUACUGUGUGCUUAUCUCCUCCAAAGCCGUCUACUUCCUGAAGAGUGGAGACUACGUAGACCGAGAGGCCAUUUUCCUAGAAGUCAAGUAUGAUGAUCUCUACCACUGCCUUGUCUCCAAAGAUCAUGGGAAGGUGUACGUGCAGGUGACCAAGAAAGCAGUGAACACAAGCAGUGGGGUGUCCAUCCCAGGUCCUUCUCACCAGAAACCAAUGGUCCAUGUGAAAUCAGAGGUCCUUGCUGUCAAGCUAUCACAAGAAAUAAACUAUGCAAAGAGCCUUUACUAUGAACAGCAGCUCAUGUUGAGACUCAGUGAAAAUCAAGAACAACUGGAGCUGGACUCCUGAAGGAUCCCGGUGGCUGGAGAAAGACGCUCCCAGGCACAAGCCUAAACCCAAACCAGUCAGGAGAAGUGAGGGCCCGUACGCAUGGCUUGAAUGAGAGGCAAAACCAAAACCAGGUUUGGGGGUAGAUAUCAAGGAAUGAGGGAAAGUAAAUCCUCCUACGGAAAUAGACAAAUGGAAACCAUAUUAAUUUGGGGGACAGGGAAUUACCUUAGAUUAUGGGGAAGUAAUUUUUAAAAGGUAUUGGCUGAAUAACGUUUUAAAAAAAUGUACUGAGAUUAAUCUAAUUUUUAGAUCGCCCUGUAUUUUGUUAACAUGUAUAUAUGUACAACUGUGUGUUUGUAAAUAUAUAGCACAUUUCUGAA